GUGGGCGGGGCGUGGGGCCACGUGCGGGCGCGGGGGUGGCGCUGGCCGCGCCGGGUCAUGGCCGAGAGCGUCCCGGGGCCGCGGGGUGCCGAGGCGGGGGGCCCGUCCUCGGGGAAAGCGGCGACCCCGGGGGCUGCCCCGCUCCGCUCCCCCCGGGACGCUUCGGCCGAGGGGUCGGAUGGCGACUCUGAGACCCCCACCUCGAGCCUGAUCCCCAGCGAGGAGGAGGAGGAGGAGGAGGAGGAGGAGGAGGAGAAGGAGGAGGAAGGCCACCAGUGGAGGGUGGGCGACGCCUGCAGCACCGUCUGGGCGGGGGACGGGCUGCUGUACCCCGCUCGGCUGCGGGCGCUGGACCCCGCCGCUGGCACCUGCCUGGUGGAGUUUGACGGCUACGGCAACACCGAAGAGCGGGCGCUGGCUGAUCUCCUGCCCCCCUGCCCUGGGGCCUGGGGGGUGAGCGACACCCCGAGGGGCGAGGGUGCCCCCCGUGCAGGGCACCGCCGGCCCAGCACCCCCUCGUCGUGGGAGCUGCCCCCGGGAGCAAGGAGGAGGAAGGGCAAGUGGGCACCCUGCUCCCCCCAGCACCCUGAGGUGACACCCCCAUUGUGGUCCCCGGACUCGCUACGUGCCAUGCGGGAGGAAGAGGAGGAGGAGGAGGCCUUGGCUGGGAUGCUGAUGGCCUGGUACAUGAGUGGGUACCACACCGGCUUCUACGUGGGCCUCCGGGAAGGCCGGGCAGAGGCUGCCGAGCCCCCCCCGCGGCCAGGCCGCAGGCAGAAGAAGCCCCCGCGCAGCUAGGAGGGCAGCUGGAUCCGUUCCCCCACGCCGUGCCGGAGGGGCAGCUGCCGUGCUCCCACUCCCCUCGCUUGCAGAGCGGGCUGCAGCCCCCGGGGGUCCUGGCUGCAGGGAUGGGGGCAGCAGCCUUCCUGCACUCCGGCUGGCUCUGCAUCAGAGCCCUGGCUGGUGGGGGCUGCAGCACCCCCUCUGUCCUCCCCUACUGUCCCCUUCUUUGGAAUAAAGCUGUUUGUGAGA